AUGUCCGCACGCGGCGGCAAGAAGAAAGGCGCGAAGAAGAAGGCGCCCGCCUGGAAAUGCAACUGGUGUCCACAAACCAAAGGCCGGCAGAACCGAGGCCCGGACGGCCCGAAGACGCUCUGCGGCAAAUGCAACCAUCGUUGGAAUGCUGGCGAGACCGGCCCGCGGUCGGACGACUGGUCCUGCGACGAUUGCGGCGCCGAUGACUCCAAAACGUCAAGGCGGUGCAAGGGUCCGAAAGGACCAGCUACGCUCUGCGAGUCGUGCAACGUGCGCCGCGCGAAAGGCGCGACCGGCCCGCCGGCGAAGAACUGGCGUUGCGAUUGGUGCCCAACGACAACUGGCUCGCGAUGCAUGGGCCCCAAAGGUCCCGGCACCCUCUGCGUCAAGUGCAACGACCGCUUCCUCCGCGGCAAGACCGGCCCGCUCUCGGAGGCGUUCGAGUGUCGCUGGUGCGCCUCGACCGCCACGCGCCGCCGAUUCGACGGCCCGACCGGCGAGGAGGAGCUCUGCGACUCGUGCGGCCCGUCCUAUGCCAAGGCGUCGGACAAGAUCAAGGCGCGCCUCGACCACGUCGAGAAGGAGCUCGACCGCCUCACGAGCGUCCCCGUUUAUGACGUGGACGCGGGCACUGAGACGCGCGGGCCGGCGCCCAAACGCGCGUGCGAGGCGCCCGCGUCCGGCCUCAAGGCGCUCAAGGCCGCGACGGACGCGACCGCGGGCGCGCUCGUCCAGGUAAAACGCGAGAAGGAGGCGCUCGAGGACCGCCUCCUGUGCACGAUCUGCAUGGAAGCCGACGCGCCGCGUUCCGUUCUCUUCGGGCCGUGCAACCACUUCCUCGCCUGCGCCUCGUGCGCCGCGCGGCUCGCCGAGUGCCCCAACUGUCGCGCGACGAUCACGACGCGCACGACGAUCGCGAACUCGAGCUAA